AUGACUUUUGUACUCAAUAUGGAUCGUACUAAUAUAUCCAAUGCUAUCUCUGACAACCUGGCUGCUGACCUAGGCUUUACAAAUGAUGGUGUCAAUACGGGUACAUUAGUCUAUUCAUUCAUUUUUACUCUAUUUACAUUGCCUUCUAAUGCAAUCGUAAAACGUGUGGGUGCUCAUCGCUGGAUUCCGAUUUUGAUGACUUCAUGGGCUAUUGUUACUUGGGCUCAUGUCCUGAUUCACAACUUUGGUGGUUUUAUGGCUGUUCGUAUCUUUAUUGCAGUGACAGAAGCUGGCUUUAUUCCUGCUUGUCUUACCUAUUUAACUGGCUGGUACAAAACAAAAGAAUUAGCGACUCGUUUGGCAUGGUUUUGGGGUAUACAAGCAUUUGCUUCUGCUUUUUCUGGCUUAAUCUCGUCAGGUAUUUUUCAAUUGAAAGGUAUCGCCGGCCUUGAAGGUUGGAAAUGGCUCUUUUUAAUCGAUGGUAUCAUGACACAUCUUGUUGGUUUUAUGGCAUUCUUUUACUUACCUGCCGAUCCUCUCAAGACAGCAGGCGGUCUUCGUGGCAAAAAUGGCUGGCUCACUGAAAGUCAACAAAAAAUCGCUAUUACUCGUCUUAUCCGCGAUGAUUUAACAAAGAAAGAACAAAACCGUCCUGUCAACUGGACAGAUGCUAAGCAAGCUCUUUUAGAUACCAAGCUUUGGACGCAUUUGAUUAUUACCUUUGUUGGCAUGAUGACCUUGACACCUAUUCAAAACUAUUUGCCUACCAUGAUUAAAAACUCUGGCUUCACUGUCACAGAGAGUAACCUGUUAACUGCACCUUCUUAUAUUAUUGGCCUUAUCUUCUCUAUUAUCAUUGCUCGUAGUUCGGACCGUUAUGGCUACGUUGCACUUCAUGCUCUUAUUGGUACUCUUUGGGCUAUGGCUGGUUUCAUUGCUCUUGAAUUACUACCUGACAAUACCAAUCGAUGGAGUCUCUAUGUAGCCGCUCUUUUCACUGCUUCUUAUCCUUCUUGGCAUGGUAUGCAAAUUGCCUGGAUGUCUUCUAACUUGGCCCCUAUUGGUAAGCGCACACUUGCUUUAGGUGCAGUUAUUGGUGCCGCCAAUAUCUGUGGUGUGCCUGGUUCUCAAAUCUACAGAGUAAGUGAUGCACCUCGCUACCGAUAUGGUAAUAAGAUCAACAUUGCAUUACAAGCCAUCACUGCCUUCAUGUUUCUCGCUCAAUUUGCACGCUAUGUGAUUACCAACAGAAUUCGUAGUAAAAAAUGGAAUAGCAUGACAAAAGAAGAACAACAAGUCUAUCAUGAGACAACCAAAGAUGUUGGCUCUGAUCGCCUAGAUUUUCGCUUUAGAUUGUAA